AUGCACUCGGACAACGGGAAAACCUUCGUUGGAGCUGACAAGGUGAUCUCCAACGACUUCUUGGAAGCGACGAGGGAGUGCAUCAUCGCACAACACGCCCACAAGAGCCUAUCCUGGCACUUCAACCCGCCGGGCGCCCCGCAUAUGGGUGGAUUAUGGGAAGCCGGCGUAAAGAGUUUUAAGGCACUCUUUUACAAGGCGACAUCCACCUCGAAAUAUACGUUCGAAGAGUUGUCCACUCUUCUCGCUAAGAUCGAAGCCUGCCUGAAUUCGAGGCCGAUUUCCCUAUGUGGCCCUCUUAUUUCGGUGUUGGAACCACCAAUUAACCAACCGGCCACCUCCAUCCUCAAUCGAUGGCAGCGACUGAAGGCUCUCCACCAACAAUUUUGUUUCCGUUGGAAAGAUGAGUACCUGAACGAGCUGCACAAACGGACGAAAUGGCAAUCCCUACACGGAACCUUCGGAUCGGUGACAUGGUCGUCAUAA